UUGAAAUAGUGGGAUUCGAAAAGGGUAAUGAGAAAGAAUGGUUCAUUAUAUCGGAGAGGAACAAAGUUGAUCAAGGUUUAAGCAAGAAAAAGAGAGUUGGUAAUGGUGCGACAAAGCAGAAACGUGGCGACACUAAAGGAGGAUAUUGGCACGCAACAGGGGCUGCCCAAGAGAUCAACACUGGAGAAGGUGUCGUUGGCUACAAAACGGCACUUGCAUACUUCGUUAGGACACGGUCAGGCAGCGUCAAAACGGAUUGGUUAAUGAUUGAAUACUCGUUGCAUCACACUUGUCACAACAACGACAAGGUAAGUAUGUGUUUCUUGGUUCCCAAGUGAUUAAGAAUUUGAGUUUUGGAUUCUGUUUUGAGUCUUGGUUUUGUUGGUGCGUCUAGGAUUAUACUUUGUGCAAGAUCUAUAUGACUCCACAAGCUAUAAAGAAGACAAAAGAAGUGGAAGAAGAGAAUAAGAAGCAGAAGAAAGGAGAAGGCGUUUCAUGUGGAAGCAUUAAUGGAAGUAAAACUGCAAUUGCACAUGUGGAAGCAUUGGAACAGCAGCAGCCUCGUAAUGUCGAGUAUCAUCAACCGCAUCAAUCGCAAGGCCCGCUAGAUUCUUAUCAACUGCAGCCAGCUCAUGAUAUUGUGUAUCAACAACCGCAGCAUUUUUCACAAGCCCCCAUAGAUUCUUAUCACCAGCAGCCAUCUCAUGAUGUUUUGUAUCAACAACCGCAUACUCCGCUGCUUUUGCCAGAUCUUUUCUCUUUUGAGAUUGAGUAUAAUCAGAAAGAACAGAGUCUCAUGAUGCAAGAUUCAAGAUCAGGAAUGGAAAUGACGGGCUGGAGCAACGACAAGAGCACCCAAGAAGACCUGUUGGAUAUGUCUAAAGAUGACAGAAUCUUUAGCAUGGACGAAUUAUUCGAUAAUGUGGAAGAACAUGGUACUGUCGUUACUCAACAACAACAACAACAACAACAACAACAUCAGCUAAGUACACCGAUUCUUACAACAGAGGAGAUCAAUCAGGAUGAAUUCUUUAUUUUGGUUUUGAAGAACAAGAAGAGAGAAUGAGUGAUGUUGGAGAUUAGCCUUCAUGUAUUUAUAAGCAAAAUAGAAAAAAGGAAGUUUCAAUUGUUUCCUUUUUUCGAAGAGUCUGUUGUUUUUUUUUUUUUUCAUGAUUUCCUUUUUUACAAAUCUUUGAUUCGGCCUUCCAAGCUAUUAAACAUCUCUAUGUGCCUUGAGUUCUAUAUAACCAUAUCUUUUCUCGCAGCCACUAAAGAGGUUCCGAAACUGGUCUUGGAUCCAAAGUAAGUCAAAAAGAAUUUAAGCCAAAACUAAUCUAAAGAAUGUCUAGUGAUUUUGAACUGACAUGUCACAACUAUACAAUUUGGUUCCUAUGCAAAAUUUUUGGAGAGAGCUUGGUUUUGAGGACUCUAACUUAACCAAAGCAGUCUCUCACAACUUAGACAAGGCAACCAAGCAAA